GGGCCGGUGAUGAGAUGAAGUCAAAGUACAGCGUAUCCAAUUCGAUGCCGAACGAAGAUGGCCAAACUUCCGGUUCCGAUGACAUUCCGGAUCGUGGUCGCUGGCGAGAUUUGGUCGCCUACUGGAUUCUGGGCCUCUGCAACAAUUACGGCUACGUGGUGAUGCUGACGGCUGCCCACGAUAUUUUGCGGGAUCUCGAUGAUCACGAGACCGGGCGCAGCGUAUCGAUUUCAGGCUUGACGGAUUUCGAUUCGGAAGGGCCCUUCGAAAGAAGACCGUGUAACAAAAUUUCCACUGGAGCAAUAUUACUAGCAGACGUACUUCCGGGUCUCACCAUCAAGCUCAUUGCUUCUUUCUUUCCCCUGUGGAAGCAUGCCCGAGUUUUCCUGGCUGUUCUGCUGGCCGCUGCAGGAUUUUUGCUGGUAGCACUGGCAACCGUUGAUUGGAUGAUAUUUUUGGGAGUGAUGUGUACGUCUUUUUCUUCGGGACUCGGAGAGGCAACGUUUCUGGCGUAUGCCAGCUACUUUCACAGAUACGUCAUCUCUACGUGGUCCUCCGGAACCGGGGGAGCCGGAAUAAUCGGGUCCAUUUCCUAUACCGGUUUGCGAGCACUAAAACUAUCCCCUAAAACAACGGUGCUAACAAUGUUGGUAGUUCCGGCAGUAGAAGCUGCAGCGUUUUGGCUUCUGUUGCGCCAUAAGGACACGAAUUUGCCUUCGAUGAGCAAUCGUGCUGAAAACGAUGAUGGCAACAAAGUGGACCGUGAUUUGAUUCCGGAAAACGAAAGACCCUUGGAAAAUUGGCGUCAAAAGGUUCGCUACAUUCCGUCACUGUUCUUCUACAUGAUACCUCUGUUACUGGUUUACAUUUUCGAAUAUUUCAUCAACCAGGGUUUGUUCGAGUUCAUUUACUUCCCCGGAAUUUGGCUGGAUCACGCGGAGCAAUACCGGGUUUAUCAGGUACUCUACCAGGUCGGGGUGUUCAUAUCCCGUUCCUCGGUCAACAUCGUUCAGUUCAAACACGUGUGGAUUAUGGCAGUGCUGCAGCUGGUGAAUGUGGUCAUCUUUACCUUUGAGGCCAUCCACACCUACAUGCCCACCAUUUGGAUCGUGUUUGUUUUGAUCCUGUGGGAGGGAUUGCUCGGUGGCGGUGGCUACGUGAAUACCUUCUACCGGAUGCAGCAGGAGAUUCCGGUAGCGCGUCGCGAGUACGCCAUGAUGGUCACUUCGGUGUCCGAUUCGCUUGGUGUUGCACUAGCCGGCGUAGUCGCCAUUCCAUCCCACAAUGUUAUUUGCGACUUACCAGUGCCCGAUCGACUGCUUAAUUUUGGUUCCUGAAACAAACUAGGCCAACUUUUCUUAGUUCAAUUUCUACAGCAGAAAAGUAAAACCGUUUGUGUGAAUCGAUGACAAUAAA